AUGCCCCGCGAUGGGCGCCUCCAUCUUUCCUCCCAGCACCCGUCGUGCCUCGCGGCGACCUGGCCGCCGCCGCCGCCGGUCAGCCACCGCCACCCGGGACGGCGCGCGCGCCCGCGCGCUACGGAGGGCCGAAGGGGCCGAGCCAUGAGCGCGGCGCUGGCGGUUGCCCGGCAACGGCUCCUCGGAGCGGCGCGGCGGGGCUACGAUGCUGUCCUGCGCCGUGGCAUACAGACAGGCGUCCAGAGACCGCAGGACCUUACGGAGAAGGUUGCCGCUAAGGAGACGGAGAGCCAAAGCUUGACUGACCUUAGCCCUUUAAUCCUGCAAAGGAACUCCAUGAGAUGGGAUGGAAAGACAUACGAAGAGAUCCCAAUAGCUCACAUCAAAGCUACAUACAACAACACCCACAUCCAAGUUGUCAGCUUCGACAAUAGGCCAUUUGCCCAUACAUCCUGUGGCACAGAAGGCUUCCAGAACGCCAAGAAGGGAACUGCCAUCGCAGCACAGACCGCAGGCAUAGCAGCAGCAGCGAAAGCACGUGGAAAAGGUGUAUUCCAUGUACGAGUCAUGGUGAAAGGACUGGGACCAGGACGCAAAGCUGCCAUCAAGGGUUUGACUAUGGGAGGUCUGGAGGUUAUCUCCAUCACGGACAACACCCCAGUGCCACACAAUGGCUGUCGUCCCCGGAAAGCCAGGCGAAUGUGAGAGAGAAACGCAAGAGAGAGAGCUGCAUUCAAUGUUAGCUGGUGCAACUUGGACCGCGUUGAGGGUUGCUCUUGUGACAGAUCCUGGAAAGCCACCUUCCAUAGAAAUGUUUGCUGAGAAAAACUUGAAGAGAGACCACCUUAGCCUGGUAGCAGAAGCAGGGAUACAUUUACUUUCUUAAUGGGAAGCUUCUUGUGUACAAAAUCUGUUGAUUAAAAUGUUGAUCUUUUGACAGCCA